UCUACAUGUAGGCUAUCACGACUUGUGUUGUGCCGUGUCUACAUAACCAGGUAGUCACACGCACAACAACGACCACAAUCUGAGGGCCAUCACUCCAGUCUUCAGCACCGGAAACAUACCCUCUGUCAUCAUUCGGGACUGAAGCAUGCGCGCCGCCAGAUUCCAUGAUACCCGGGAUGUGCGGGUAGAGGAUAUAGAGGCUCCCGUUCAGACCGGAGACAAAGUUCUGGUCCAGGUGGAAUGGUGUGGCAUCUGCGGCAGUGACCUCCACGAAUAUACUCACGGCCCUUUUGGGACGUCAACAAAAGAGCGAGGACCACAUCCGCUCACCGGCGAUCCUGGCCCGGUUGUCCUAGGGCACGAGUUCACUGGGCGCAUUGCACAUACCCAGGCCGGCUCCCAACUUGAAGAAGGCCAGCUUGUCGUUGUCGAUCCACGCAUCCACUGUUCCGAUUGCCGGGCAUGCAACGAGGACGCCGGACAGUGCUGCCGGAUGCCUGGAUUCCUUGGCUUCUCUGGGGGCGGCGGCGGGUUGUCUGAAAUUGUGGCCGUUGAUCCCAAAAAGGUCCAUGUUCUCCCGGAUGGCACAGAUCUGGCUGCCGCCGCCCUCAUAGAGCCUCUUGCGGUAGCCUGGCACGCUGUCCGGAGGCUUGGGCCGGCAGACUUCGCCGGGCUUCCUGUGCUCGUGCUCGGUGGUGGGCCGGUGGGCGUGGCGGUUGUCUUCGUACUCAGAGCCCUAGGGGCAGACAAGAUUAUUCUUUCUGAACCAACAGCUGCCCGCCGCGUAUUCUUCGAGCCCUUGGUCCUCGACAGCAUUAAUCCGCUUGAAGUGGAUGUUACCAAGCGGGUGCGGGAGCUGACAGGUAGGGAUGGCGUAGACUUUGUGGUUGAUUGUGCUGGCGCAGAACGAGGGUUCAUCGUGGGUUGCGAGAGCCUACGAUAUCGCGGCGUGUAUGCAAAUUUGGCACUGCCAAAGACCGACCUUGCACUCCCGAGCCUUGCAUUUAUUCUCAAGGAGUUGACGUAUCGAGCGUUCCUGGCAUACGGUGAGAAGGACUUUGCAGAGACGGUAGCUGCAUUCACAGCAGGUCGCUUCAAGGGGGUCGAGAAGAUGAUAACCAGUCGUCUAUCUUUGGACGAGAUUGUGGACAAAGGAUUUGAGGUGCUGAUUGGCGAUUCACAAGACGAAAUCAAGAUUCUUGCUUCUCCCAAGAGAUAG